AUGUUUCUAAAACGUUUAUUAUCAAAAUUAAAUUUACAUCGUAUGGAGAAUGAUGAUGAUUUAAAUUUAUAUUAUUGUAAAUUUCUAACAAAAUUAUCAAAAAUAUUCUUAAAAAUAUAUUUGCCAAUUAUUGUAUUUACCUACUUCGUCUUGUUCUUAUGUAGCGUUGUACUAUACCAACAACAAUCAAUAUUGAAAUUGAAAACAUUCUCAUUAUUAUGUUUAACUAUUUUAAGUAUACUCGUAUUAAUUGUUGCACGUUUGUGGAGAAGGUGUUGGCCUCUAACACGUUUAAUACUCUUUCUAUUACUUGUUUGUUUAUCAUUGGUGUCAUUAUUUAACGAUAAACAACAACAGUUUUAUAUAUCCUAUUCACUUGUACAUUCGACUCUGGCUAUCACGCUUAUCUAUUCAGUAUUUUCAUUUAAACUUGUACAAUGUAUUAUAAUUGGUGCUACUGUUUCGACUAUUCAACUGACAUUCGUUUUAACAUCAUUAACAUCAUCAGUAGCAGCAAGUGUUCAAAGUGGUGAACUUAUAUUUCUUCUAGUUUACCAUAUCGUCAUUAAUCUGUUUGGAAUUACAAAUUAUGUUUAUUUACUCAAACAUAUUCGACUCUAUUUUCAACUAUAUGAAAAAAAUUUGUAUGAAAAAAACAAAUUUAAUGUUGACUGUAAAAAAUUACAAAUAAUACACAGAAACUGUCACAAUCAACCAACAAUAGGCAAUGGAUUAACGAAUAGUCAAUAUAUUAACCCAUCAGUUGAUAAUUAUUGGUUCAUAGAUUCUCAUUAUACUAAUGGUGAUACAGAUCAUAAAAAUGAAACAAAUAGUGAUUGUUAUUGUGAAAAAUCAUUUGGUACAUGUGUAGUGUGUAAUAUAACAAUAAAUGAAAAUUGUAAUUUACAUACAAAUGAAGAAAUUGCCACAUUAUUAGACGUUUUAUAUUGUCAAAUUGAACAAAUACUAUUGAAACAAAACGUUGAUUAUUUUACAUUUGAUAAUGAAGAUAUUCUAUUUACAAUAAUUAAUAAAGAUGAUAGACAAACAAUUGAAAAAUGUUGUCUAUUAGCAAUUGAUAUUCUACGUUUUAUAGCACAUGUCAAUAAUGUUACACAAUGGUCAUUGUCAACAACAUUUGGAAUUGAAACAGGCGAACUUAUUACAAUUAAAACAAAACAUAAUAAAGAUGAUAAAAUUUUAUUUAUUGAUGGUGAAAUAGUUGAUAAAGCAGAAUUGUUACGUAACGAAUGUUGUAUUCAAAAUCGAAUACAUGUAUCAUUAAAUAUUUAUGAAUAUUUAAAACAUAAUACAGAAUUUUAUGAAUUUCAUUCAGUUUGGAAUAAUAAAAAAAUAAAAAAUCCUACGUAUUUUUUAUUUACAACAAAUAUGUAUGAACAAUUAACAACAUUAUUACCAUUAACAAAUACAAUGAUAGAUCAAUUAGCAAGAAUACAAGCACAAUAUCAUGUUGAAAAACAUUUAGGUACUAUUACAUUGACUCGAUCAUUACGUAAACGAAGUCUUAUCGAUUUAACAUCAAAACAUAUUAAUUGGCUUACAUUAACUCUAAAAUCAAAAUUGAGUAGCAAUCAUGAAAAUAAUAAUUCUUAUAAUUCGAAUGGUUCACUAUUAUCAUUUGAAAAAUAUCAUCGUACCAAAACAUUUUCUUUCUUUACAUUUAUUUAUACACUUCUUAUUCUAUCUGGUCUAUUAUGUCACGCAUUUAUUAUAAAAAAUUUUACCUAUUACUUUUUUCUAUUUUACAUAUGUUCAGUGUGUACACUAUUUAUUAUUAUUCUAUUUUUUUAUUCAAUUAAACAAAAUCCUACCACAAAUUCAGUUAAAUUUUAUGUUUAUAUUAACAUCCUUAUUUGUAUCACUUUAACGGGACUCUUAUUUGUCACUACGCAAUGGCAUGCUGUACAUAAUUUUCAACAAUUUUAUAUUCAACUACGACGAUACAACAAUAUAACAGUAAACCAUUCAAACAUGAAUAUCUCACAAAAUGCUUCUUUAAUAAGUUACUACAAUAAUGAAAUGGUAUUGUAUCGCCGUUAUUACGAUUAUUUAACGGUAUCGUGUAUGUUUCCAUUAUAUUUUUGUGUCUAUUAUCGUCCAUGUUCAUGGUUGAUUAAAAUCUUUCUAUUGUUUUUAUGUACAUUAAUUCAAUUAUGUUGGCUACAAUAUGUAUGGCUCAAUUGUUUAUACAAUUUCAUCUUACAUAUUCAUCAUUAUACAUUGCUAUCAUUAUUAAUUAUUCAUACAUGUUUAUUAAUGUUAAUAUCUUACUUAAAAGAAUGGUUAGAAAAGAUUGAUUAUGUCUGGUUAAAUUCAAUUAAAUCAGAACGAUAUUUCGUUUAUAAACAACGUGAAUUGGAUAUAAAACAGUGUUCAACUGUGAUACCUAAACGCGCAAUUGAUUAUUAUUUGCAGUCAGAUUUAGAAUCAAAAAUUGGCACAUUAUCUCAGCAUUAUCAUUGUAAACACGAUGAAAUGGCUCUAUUAUUAAUUCAGUUCGUUAACGUUGAUGAACAACAAACAACAAAAGUUGAUCAAUUAACAAAAACAAAAAUUUUCUAUAAUUUAUUAAAAGAAGUUUAUUGUACAGCAAAAACCGAUCGAUUCUCAAAUAUAACAAUAAAUAUAAAAUCAUCUAUUUAUCAAAUAUUAUUUUCAAUAAAUACCGAAAAUGAUUCAACAAAAUAUUUACAGCAAAUAGUUGAAUUACUAUUUGUUGUACAAGAAAAAUUAUUAUUAAAGAAAAAACAAUUGGGUUUAACUAUUCGAUUGUGUUCUUGUGUUCAUAUUGGCACAGUUAAUGAAAUAUUAUUACAUCUAGAAAAACAAUUGAAAACAGAUUUAUGGAGUGAACAUAUUACACUUAUAAACCGAUUAUUAAAUAAAACACAACCAAAUCAUUGUCUCACAACAUCAACAGCAUAUACACCAUUAAAAGAUCUCUAUUUAUUUCGAACAGCUGGCACAAUAACAAAUAAUGAUACAACAACAUUUCAGAUUUAUUAUCUUCUUGGACGACUGAUCGGAGAUAAUAUAUUUCAGGGGCGCAAUACUCUUCCACUGAAUAUUGGCAUAACACCGUUUACGAAUACUGUUCAAACAUCGACAAGUACUGAUUCUGGUCAUUCAUCUCAUUUACCAAAUGGCUCUUCUCAUCCAAACAAUACAAAACCAGCAACAACAUCGACAUCAACAUCAUCGUCAACUGAUCAACAAACGCCUCUAGUCGUAUUAGAGAAACAGAUAGGAGAAGAACAAAAAUUGAGUCAAAAGCAUGUUCGUAUCAAUUCAUCGUUGUCAUCAAUGGUUACAAAUAAUUUUGAACAAUCAUCUUAUAUAAACCGUAGUACAUUAUUGCGUGCAUUAAUCGGUUGUGGUAGUGACGCAAAUCAUCAACAAACAAAUAUGAAAGUAAAAAAGUUUUGUUUACGUUCAAAUAAAAGUUCAUCACGUUCACCGUCGUUGAACAUUGAAAGUAAUAAUAAUAAUCGUCAUCAUGGUAAUACUAAACAUACACCACCACCACCAUUUAUUUUACACUCAUCAACAACGAAUAGUCCAAUUGAUUCACUCGAAAAAUUAUUACCAAAAAUGGUUCAUAUAAACGACAAUUGUUGGUCAUCGCAUGAAGAUACACAAAAUAUCAACGGAAAAGAUAUGAACAUGAGAAUAGGAUAUAGUGGAGGAGAAGGCGAUUCUGGAAAAUGUUUAAUACUUACACAAAAAAUGUUGACAGGAAGUUGUCAGUCAGAUGAUAUUUGCUCAAAAUCAACCCAAUCUAGUCAAAAAAGUCACCAUUCAAAAAUACCUGAACGUAAAAGUUUUACAGAAGAAGAUUUUCGUCGACUUCUUGUAAAUAAAGAGCCAACGAAAGAAAAUAGUCUUUCAACAACAAAUGAAGAAUCAUCGUCGUUUUCAUGGGAUGAAAGUGAUAAAAUCACAAAAGAUAAAAAACAAAAGUUCAAACAUGAUAAAAACUAUAAUGUACCCGUAAUAAUGUGUGAAAAUGAUCAACUGCUUACUGAAGAAAAAAUAAAGACUCCAUCACCACCAUCUCACAUUCGUCCAUCAUUAGAUUGCUAUUUUCCACGACGACCAUCUGAUCUAUCGUUUACUGUGAAUAUGAGUACAACAGAAGACGAACAAAGUAUUGAAACAAAAUCAACAUUAAUCUCACCAGUAUCACACACUCAUUUGAAAGCAACGUCGCCAUCAAAUACGAGUAUAACAACAAUGACCGGUUUAACACCAAAAAAUAUUUCAUCAACAACCACCGAUGUUAUGGUACAUCCUGUACAACCAAAUGUCGCUUAUUACAAAAAGCCCAAUUUGUCUGUUCUCUCGUCUGCACGAACUAGUCGUCCAAAGCCCACCAUCAUUCAUUACCGUAAUAAACCACCACGUAAUCUAGCACGAAAACUAAUACAAGAAACUUCGGACACAUCAGAAAUCUCAUUGCUUGAUAGUAUUGAUGAAAAACGCAUAAAACCUGUGAAUAAUAAAAAAAGUAAUGAGACCCGAGCAUUAUGGAAAGAAAAUUGUGCAUAUGCAAGGCCAUUAAGCAUGAUUAACAAAGGUCGUGUACGUUUAUCCUCAAGUCAUAGUAAUCUCUUAGAUUUAUUGCAACGAGAAGAUGAGUGUUCGCACGAUGAUUCACAAUAUCCGACAUCACCAUGUGAAACAAAUGAACUUUUACAACGUUGGUUACAAGAUCAACUGAAUAUGUUUGAAUAUCAAAUAAAACAGCAGCCAUUACCACCUGCUGUUAUUCAAAACAAUUCCGAUUCAGAUGAUGAAUCGGACACAGUUAGUGAAAAUACAUUUACUCAACAAAAACUUCCGUUAUUUAAUUCUAAACCACAACCUACAAGAACAGACGAACAAAUGUACAAUAACAACAAUCGUCCACAACGGUAUAAUCGUACUGCACAUAAACAACUACUACUAAGUGAUACCAAAAAAAAUAUUUAUAAUAAUGUCCGAUAUAAAUCGCUGAAAAGAUCACAAUUAGUCCGCCAUGAAUCGUUAAAAAACCGUAAUAGACCACUGUUAUUAGGUUCAUCGGUUUUAUCUCGACAAUCGUCGACUAGUCAACAUCAUCAUUCAAAACCAUCGUGCAAUAAUAAUUUCACAUCUUAUCAUCGAAAUGGUGGUUCCUCGGACCAUAUUCUAAAUCAUAGUUAUUGUGAUAAAGAUGUGUUUGGUACAGAUUCAUCCAUGCCCCGAUCCGAUACAUCUGACUUCUCACAACCACAAUUAUCCGAAAGUGUCAUUAGUAAUUUAGAGUCAGAGUAUGACAAUUAUCAACCACAACAACAGCAAAUGUCAAAUUCACAAAUUUUAAGUGAUGAUGAUAAUCGAUCGUAUUUGUAG